CUGCAGCAGCAACCGAUGCCCGGUGGUCCGCCGAACAUUCCGCCCCCGCCGGCCCCCGGCACGGCCGGCUCCGUCUCGCCGGGUGGCCCGGUGCCACCCGGUUCCGCCCCGCCAACCGGCGGUCCCGAGCUCUCGCUAAGCUUCGGCAAGGGACCGCAGCGGGGCACCAGCGCUCCGUCGAGCCCGGCCAAAUCGCGCGAGAGUCUGCUGCAGCGCGUCCAAAGUCUGACCGGGGCGGCCCGGGACCAAGGCGCCUCCAUUAUCGGAGCGGCCGUCUCGACCGCUAGCCGCGUGCAACCGUUCAACCGGGACAAGUGCUUCACGCUGCUGGUGGUGGACGACCAGAACACCGACUGGUCGAAGUACUUCCGUGGCAAGCGGCUGCACAGCGACUACGACAUCCGCGUCGAGCAGGCCGAGUUCCGCGAGAUCGCGCUGACGGCGAGCGCCGACUCCGGCCCGAUGGUGUCGUUCAACCGAGGCGGCUCCAAGCAGGCCAAGCCGUUCCGCCCGGACUUCAUCCUGGUGCGCCAGCCACCGCGCGACGGCUCCAAGGACUACCGCUCGACGCUGCUCGGGCUGAAGUACGGCGGUGUGCCGAGCAUCAACUCGCUCCACUCGCUGUACCAAUUCCAGGACAAGCCGUGGGUGUUCGCUCACCUGCUGCAGCUCCAGCGUCGUCUCGGCCGCGACGGGUUCCCGCUGGUUGAGCAGACCUUCUUCCCGAACCCGAAGGACAUGUUCACCUGGCAACGGUUCCCGUGCGUCCUAAAGGCGGGCCAUUGCCACGGCGGGAAGGCGACGGCCAAGUUGGAUAACCCGGGUGCCCUGCAGGACGCGGCUGGCCUGCUGUGCGGUACCGGGCUCCCGGACGGCGGCUCCUACUGCAGCCUCGAGCCGUACAUCGACGCCAAGUUCGACGUGCACAUCCAGAAGAUCGGCACCAACUACAAGGCGUUCAUGAGAAAAUCCAUUUCCGGCAACUGGAAGACGAACCAGGGCUCGGCCAUGCUCGAGCAGAUCCCGAUGACGGAGAAGUACAAGUCCUGGGUCGACGAGGUGUCCGAGCUGUACGGUGGCAUGGAGGUGUGCGGUGUGGCGGUGAUCGUCUCCAAGGAAGGCAAGGAGUACAUCAUCAACGCGUGCGACUCAACCUUCCCGCUGAUGGGCGACACCCAGGAAGAGGAUCGCCGCCAGAUAGCGGAUCUCGUCGUGGGCCGUAUGCAGAACGUCUGCCGCCCGGGGAUGAUGACGAAGGCCGUCUCGCGUAGCUCCAUCUCGUCCCGGGGCACCAGCCCGACGGAGGAUGCGCCACCGGUUCCGAUCGGUACGCGUCCGGUGCCGGUCGGGGGAGGACCACCGCCGAUCCCGGAGCGCACCACGCCGGGAGUAGGAUCGAUUGGGCGCCACGGAAGCUUCAGCAGCCAGUCGGGCGAACCACCGGAGCAACCGUCCGAGCGGGCGCCCACCCUGAACUCCGUCGGUCGGCGUGAUUCGCAAGCGUCCCAGUCCAGCACCGUGUCGGGCAUCUCGUCUGCAUCGGCCGCUCGGUCGGGCGUCGGCAAGGGUGCACCGCCGGCAGCCGGUGGCGGCCCGUCGGUCGUCGAGGACGCGGAGGACACGAUGAAAAACCUCCGCAAAACAUUCGCCGGCAUCUUCGGCGACAUGUAG